AAAGACAAACAAGGAACGUUUCUUUCCCUGUCCGGUAGCUAGCUAGCUGCCUGGCUAGCUGUGCCACUAGUGUUUGUUGAAGCGUCUGCAAUAAUGGUUUCGUUUCUAUUGAUUCUUUUGUUGUGUGCAUUCGAUCAGUCAUUUGGAGAAAGUCAGCUUAAACUCGUCACAGUGCUGUAUCGCCAUGGAGACCGGUCUCCAGUCAAAGCGUACCCCACCGACCCGUACCAGGAGAGUGCGUGGCCACAAGGAUUUGGACAGCUUACUCUGGAUGGGAUGCAGCAGCACUUUGAGCUGGGCCAGUUUCUGCGAAAACGCUAUGUGGGGUUCCUCAGUGAGCCAUACGUUCGAUAUGAGAUUGCUGUACGGAGCACAGACUACGACCGGACUCUGAUGAGCGCUGAAUCAAAUCUGGCUGGUCUCUACCCACCCAAUGGAUCGCAAGUGUUCCAUCCUGGCUUGAACUGGCAGCCCAUACCCAUCCACACCGUACCACAGGAUGAAGAGAAAUUGCUCUCCUUUCCCCUACCAAACUGCCCACGCUACAAUCUUCUCAUGAACGAGACAGAAAAAACUGAAAUCUUCCUCAACAUGACCAAGACUUAUGGCGAUUUCCUGAAGAUGGUGCGGAAUAAGACUGGUGUGGAGUCAGCCUCAAUCGAGUCAAUAUGGAGCAUCCAUGACACACUGUUCUGUGAGGAGAAACAUGGCAUGACUCUUCCCGAUUGGGUGACCCCAGAGGUGAUGAAUACACUGUGGAUUCUGAAGAACUUUGGCUUUCAGAUCAUGUUUGGUGUCUAUAAACGAGAGGAGAAAGCCCGGCUGCAGGGAGGUCUGUUGUUGGAUCAGAUUACUAAGAAUUUUACAGCUGCUGCAACUUUAGGAUCCAGUGGACAGCUGAAGAUGAUUAUGUAUUCUGCGCAUGACACAACCAUUGUGGCUCUUCAGCAAGCGCUUGACGUGUUUAAUGGACUGCAGCCACCCUAUGCUUCCUGCCACAUAUUUGAACUGCACCAGGACAACGAGUCAUUCUCAGUUGAGAUGUUCUAUCGUAAUGACAGCAGUGUGGAUGAGCCAUAUCCUCUAACUUUACCGGGCUGUGCCCAGCGCUGCCCUCUACAGGACUUUAUCAGACUCACACGCUCUGUUAUUCCAGUAGACUGGGACAAGGAGUGCCAGCUGAGCGCAGCAUACAAUGACACAGAUGUUAUCAUUGGGCUGGCUGUGUGUGGGUGCGUUCUCCUGCUCCUGGUCAUGCUGUUGUUCAUAGUGCUGUGUCGUCAGAGCGAGCCAGCAAUCGGCUACAGCCACAUCAUCAACCAGAGUGACGACCAAUCCUGACAGUCAUAUCGGCUCUUCCAAAAAGAGGACACGUGGGACAGCGAGGACGACCUGUGAGAGACCAACCGUGGAGCCACACGCACCAGCAGCCACCAUUAACUGGCACCUUCCUUCUAUAUUGUAUCUACAAAAAGAGCUUACUUCCAAGUAACAUGAUAGAAGGCUUUCACUGUCCUGAUCUGAGGGAGGCCCAGAAGGAGCUCAGAAUGACCUUAUGUGAUCUGCUGAAGACUGCCACCAGCAUGGUUCUAUUUGUCUUCUGUCUUUCUAGGUACCUGCAGUGAUUUAUGCUCUUCUAGCAAUUUUUUUUUUUUUGCCCUCGCAAAGUUUUUCAGAUGGGUGACUACUUUUAUUGUGUUGUGUUUUGAUGCAGAAUGUAUUUUUUUUCAAUGAAACUGCUAUUUUUGUAUGAGUAGUUCACCAGUAUAUGAGCUUGAUUGAUGUCUUGAUUGAUGUUUUAAGGCCUCUGCCCUUUCAUCUUCACCAGAAAAAAUGAUCUCUUGACAAGUGAAAGCAUCUUAAAUAGUUAAAGGUUAAAUAAAAGUUAAAUGGUUAAAUAUGUUUCUCAUUAUUACAACCCCAAUUCCAGUGAAGUUGGGAUGCUGUGUAAAACAGAAAUAAAAACAGAA